AUGGAUGGAGAUGUGAUGAUCACUGGGUUUUUCCCUCUCUACACUUUGGGAGUAGAUCACAGUAACAGCCAUGCUUCCAGGCAAGAAGAGAACAAGAUCUUUAUGUUCAAGAACUAUCAGUUUGUUUUGGCCUUGGCUUUUGCUAUUGAGGAGAUCAACAAAAAUCCUGAUCUUUUACAUAACUUGACUCUGGGAUAUGAUAUCUAUGAUGUUGAAUUAAGAACUUGGACAAUGUUUAAGAAUCCCUUCACUUGUCUCUUUGGGAAGUACAAGAUUCCAAACUACUCCUGCAUUCCAGACAGCAUGACUAUAGCAGUACUUACAGGACCAUCAGGAAUAACAUCUGACCAGAUUGGGACAUUGCUAAGUCUCUACAGAUUUCCACAGUUUACCUUUGGGCCUUUUGAUCGUAGCCUGAGUGAUCAUAACAAGUUUCCUGCUCUCUAUCAGAUGGCUCCAAAAGAUACACCAAUAGCCACUGCCAUGGUUUCAUUACUUCUUCAUUUCAGCUGGAACUGGGUGGGACUGUUGACCUCACAAGAUGAGAAUGCUUCAUGGGUUCUUGCUGAAUUGAAAGAAGAGAUGGCCAAGAACAGAGUUUGUAUAGCCUAUGAGCUAGUGAUGUCAACCCAAGACACAUCACAUAUAUUCAAACUCGUAGCAGUUCAUAAUGAGAUAAAUAUAUCUUCAGCAAGUGUUCUCAUCAUAUAUGGUGAUAAUGAUUCACUGAUGGGUUUAGUGGUAUUUAUCGAGCAAAUUUUUAUACAUGGCAAAGUUUGCAUUAUGAACUCACAGUGGGAUUUCACACUGAAAAGGAGAUAUUUCAUGCUAGGCUCAUUGCAUGUACCUCUUAUUUUUACACACCAUUAUGUAGAUGUUUCUGGAUUCACAGAUUUUAUCAAGGCAGCUAAGCCUUCAAAAUACCCAGAAGACAUUUUUCUUGCCAGAUUGUGGUUUCUGUCUUUUAAUUGCUCAGCUUCUGAGUCUGACUGUGUGACAUGGGACAACUGUGUUCAUGAUGCCUCUUUGGAUUUGUUGCCUGUGCAUAUUUUUGAUAUGACUAUGUCUAGAGACAGUUACAAUGUUUACAACGCUGUGUAUGCUGUGGCCCAGACUCUCCAUUUGAUGCUUCUUCAUCAAACAGAAAUUCAAACAAUGGACAAUAGAAAAGAAAAAGUGCCUUCCCCUGAACAGCUGCACAUUUUUCUGAAAAGCAUCCAGUUUUACAAUCCAACUAGAGCUCAAGGAAUUUGGGAUGAGAAAUCCAAACAGGAGCCAGAGUAUGACAUUCUGAACAUUUGGAAUUUUCCAGAAGGUUUGGAACUUGCAGUGAAGAUAGGCAAGUUUUCUCCAUAUGCUCCACAUGGUAAUCAACUAUCUUUAUCUGAAGAUAUGGUAGAGUGGGCCAUUGGAACUACAGAGGUGAAUAUGGAGCAAUGUGUGAAGUGUCCAGAUCAUCAGUAUGCCAACACACACAGAACUCAAUGCUUCUUGAAAACUGCAAGUUUCCUGGCUUUUGAAGAUCCCUUGGGCAUAGCUCUGGCUAGCAUGGCUCUUUGCUUCUCCUUGCUAACUGCUGCUGUUCUUGGAAUGUUUGUGAAAUACCAAGACACUGCCAUUGUCAAGGCCAAUAACAGGGCUCUCAGCUACAUCUUGCUCAUCUCCCUCAUCUUCUGUUUCCUCUGUUCUUUGCUCUUUCUUGGCCGUCCCAACACAGUCACCUGCAUCCUGCAGCAGAUCACAUUUGGGGUUGUGUUCACUGUGGCUGUUUCCACAGUGCUGGCUAAAACAGUGACUGUGGUCCUGGCCUUCAAGGCCACUUCCCCAGGAAGAAGGAUGAGGUGGCUGCUGGUAUCAGGGGCUCCUAACUUCAUCAUUCCCAUCUGCACCCUCAUCCAGGUGACUCUCUGUGGACUCUGGCUGGGAACCUCUCCUCCCUUUGUAGACACAAAUGCACACUCUGAACAUGGCCACAUCAUCAUCCUGUGCAACAAGGGCUCCCUCACUGCCUUCUACUGUGUCCUGGGAUACCUGGGCUCCUUGGCCCUUGCCAGCUUCACUGUGGCUUUUCUGGCCAGGAAUCUGCCUGACACCUUCAAUGAAGCCAAGUUCCUGACCUUCAGCAUGCUGGUGUUCUGCAGUGUGUGGCUCACCUUUCUACCUGUCUACCACAGUGCCACAGGGAAGAAUGGUGGCUGUGGAGGCAGACCAAACACAGUCACCUGCAUCCGGCAGCCGAUCACAUUUGGGGUUGUGUUCACUGUGGCUGUUUCCACAGUGCUGGCCAAAACAGUCUGUGGUCCUGGGCUUCAAGGACAUUUCCCGAGGAAUAAGGAUGAGGUGGCUGCUGUUUUACACUCUGAACAUGACCACAUCAUCAUUCAGUGCAACACGGGCUCCCUCACUGCAUUCUACUUUGUCCUGGGAUACCUGGCCUCCCUGGCCCUGGCCAGCUUCACUGUAGCUUUUGUGGCUAGGAACCUGCCUGACACCUUCAAUGAAGCCAAAUUCCUGAUCUUCUGCAUGCUGCUGGUGUUCUGCAGUGUUUCUGGCUAUCAGGACUGCACACAGGGCAGCAGCUGGCGGAGGGCUUUCCUUCUGGGGUACCAAGGUGUGUGGGUCCAGCCAUGUCUAGCAGCAGGAGGACGGUCCCUCCCCAAAACAGAAUUGGCUAAGCCAGGGAACCAGCAGCAGCCAACAAUUGCCAGCCAGGGGGAUCCAUCCCUUCCCAUGACAGAAUCUGCCAAGCCAGGGAAUCGAGUUUGUUCUUUUGUCUGUGGGAGGGCAUAUGGCCACAGAAAGGGUGGAACAAAGGGUGACCAAUUGCAGCAGUGCUACACAUUAGACACUGUGUUGAAAAUAGACUAUAGAACUGGUAGCAGAGGAUGGAAGUAA